CAAGAACCCAGAGUCAUAUUUCAGGUUUGAGGGUUUUGUGCCCUCUAGUGUGACAUUCUGCACAUCUCUGAGGGUCAGUCUUUGUCAUUACAUCCUGAAGUAAACCGAUCCCUGAGCUCAGUAUUUCGACUCUUUUGUUACAAGCUGACAAAGAGCCAGCUCUUCUGUGACUCUUCUCCUUUAGCGCAGAUGAAAGGAAAGGGAAUAAAGGAAUGUAUCAGUAAUUUCCUCUUCAACAUAUAGUUCAACAGAGGUACUUAUUAGCAUUUUAGUACUUAAACACACACCUGUUAUUUUUUUUAGUUAAGCUAAUGCAAAAUGCACAAUUUGCAGGAAAAACAAUAUUUUAUUUUAUAAGCGAAAGCGUCCAAUAAAGAGCAUUGGUCAUGAGAUCUAACUUGCCUCCAUUAAGAAUAAAACCGCUUUUUUAGGCUACUGAUAUAACAGGAACCCUCACCUCCUUAAGGUACACAAUUUUAAACAUAUCUGUAAAAAUAGCCAACGAUUCACGCGAUGUAUGCGUUAAAUAUUUGUAUUGAAGAAUUGUCCGCCUGUGUUAUCCUUCAUUGUGUUGGUCGCAUGGACUGUAUAAAAACAGUCACUUAGUGCCCCCUAGCGUCGAACAGGUGCACUUACAGCACCUCUCGCCCUGUCCUGUCCUCUCUCAGGUGUCCCGUGUGUCCUUUAGAGGUAAACAGAGAGCCUGCUCAGAGGGGACCUCGCUCAUGGAGCGGUGACACACUUUCGUUUCCCAGCAUGCAUCAGGAGCUUCGGCUGAGGGCUCUUCUUGAUACCUCUGUGUGCAAUGAGAUCGGCCGCUGCACAAACACUCCCGACUAGACCGUCCGAACAAGAGCUCAAACAUGCCUUAUCCAACAGCCUCGCAGGACACAACCACGUCUCCAGCUCCAGCAGAGCAGCACAGUCCAGAGCGAAGACCACAGACACAUCUGAUCCUAGUUCUGUGCAUCAUCAUGGCGAUAGUCGAGAAAAUGCAGAUAAAUGUGAUAUUGCCGAGGGCGCCUGGAAUCUGAACAACCCGGUGAAAGCCUCGAGGAGCCAUCAGGAGCUUCACAAAGAGCUGUUACUGGCCCACAAAAAGGGGCUGGUGGUGUGCUGUAAGCCGGAGCUUCAGAUGGUCCUGGAGAGGAGGAAGAGAGAGCAGAGUCAGAGAGAGGAGGGAGAGCAGAGCAGGAGUCCUCUGGAGCAGGUGCUGCAGGAACGCCAGCACAAACACCAGGAGAAGAUGGAGAAGGAAGAGGAGCAGAGGAUGCACGAGGAGGUGCAGCUCUUGGAGUUUGUCCGAGUGAGACAGAACCUGAGGAAAGUCCACACAGCUCUACAGAAGAACCUUCACUCCUGAAUCUGACCACUAAACACAUGCUUCAUUUGCAAAUAAAGUACACAGUGUUUC